CGCCGGGACGGUCGGCGGAAGUCGACUUCCAGGCCGGACCCGCGUCCCUUCUCAUGCUCCCGUGGAGGAAGGAAGCAGAGUGCUACGCGUCGCUGCCGUUUGAGCUCCUUCGCCUCGUGUUGUGCCCAUUCAAAGCGAGCAAAGAGUCAAGGCGGAGCCGCUUUGACAGAAGAACCCUGAAAACGGCUCUCCUGGAAACCCGAGGUAGAUUGGGCACAAUAAAAGGCGAGGACGGACCCCUUUGACAGUGCAGGAAGCCGUUAGCCUUGUUAGCAAGAUCAGGAGGCUGAAAAGGGGAAACAUAAGGACCAGGAGAUUGGGCGCACGCCGCGGCCGUACCCAAAGCUAAGCCGAGGCCAAAUGGACGCCGGCACGCAGACGGAACCCGUGGUGGUUCUAUCGUUGGCUCAGGCCGCCGUUCUCGGACUCAUCUCCCAAAAUGAAAUUUUCGGCGCCACCAUCGCUCCAAACGGCUUUUACACGGGAGAGUCCAAAGAGGGCCCGCCUCUGGCCACGGAGUACCACGAGUGCGCCGACCAGCUGAUCGGGGCCAACGGGGACUACCUACCCGAGCCCGCCGGGGAUCCGGCCUCUCGGCUCAGCGCCGGCGAGAGGAGACGGCCGUGUCCUCGCGGAGCCAAGAGACCCAGGAGCGACGGGGAGCCGGCGGCCAGCCCACACGCUCGGGUGAAAGGCGAACUCAUCGAGUCGGAGACGUCUCCCGAUUGCGUCGACGUGAGCGACGGCUCGUGUGCCCGCGCCAUGCGAGGGGAUCCGAAAAGCUCUGUGAAAGAGCCAGCCUGCGGCAACGGUCCUUCGUGCGUCCGAGAAGCGUCCCUGCCGCAAGAGCAGAGCGUGGACGGGGAGGAAGAGGACUCGCUGGUGGGGGAGGAACCCGAGGAGGAGGCCCUCAAUCUAAAGACUGGCGGAGGGAGCGGCAAAGACGACCCGUAUUUGGAAGCCAACCAGGCGCCCUUCCAGUCUGCCUACGAGGAAAGCGGCCAGGCGGCGCUGUGGUCGGACCCCGAGGGUCUGGCCAGGCGAAUGCAAAUGGACCGCCUGGACAUCAACGUGCAGAUCGACGAGUCUUACUGCGUGGACGUGGGCGAGGGCCUGAAACGCUGGAAGUGCCGAAUGUGCGACAAGUCGUACACGUCCAAAUACAACCUGGUCACGCACAUCCUGGGCCACAACGGGAUCAAGCCCCACGAGUGCAGCCGCUGCGGCAAACUCUUCAAGCAGCCCAGCCACCUGCAAACCCACCUGCUGACCCACCAGGGCACCCGGCCCCACAAGUGCGCCGUCUGCGACAAGGCCUUCACCCAGACCAGCCACCUGAAGCGCCACAUGCUGCAGCACACCGACGUCAAGCCCUACAGCUGCCGCUUCUGCGCCCGCGGCUUCGCCUACCCCAGUGAGCUGAGGACCCACGAGGGCAAGCACCAGAACGGCCAGUGCCACGCGUGUCGCCGCUGUGGCGUGGACUUCCCCACCUACGGGCACCUGAAGCGCCACCUGGGCAGCCACCAGGGUCCCGCCGCCAGUGCCGCCGCCUACCAGUGCGGCCAGUGCCACAAGUCCUUUGCCUACCGCAGCCAGCUACAGAACCACUCCAUGAAGCAUCAGAACGUGCGGCCCUACGUUUGCCCCGAGUGCGGCGUGGAGUUUGUCCAGAUCCACCACCUGCGGCAACACGCCCUCACGCACAAGGGAACCAAAGAAUUCAAGUGUGAAGUCUGCUCCAGAGAGUUCACCCUGUCCGCCAACCUGAAGAGACACAUGUUGAUCCAUGCUAGCGUCAGACCCUUCCAGUGCCACGUGUGCUUCAAGACCUUUGUCCAGAAGCAGACCCUCAAGACACACAUGAUUGUCCACUUGCCCGUCAAGCCCUUCAAGUGCAAGGUGUGCGCCAAGUCCUUCAACCGAAUGUACAACCUCCUGGGCCACAUGCACCUCCACGCCGGCAGCAAGCCUUUCAAGUGCCCUUACUGCAGCAGCAAAUUCAACCUGAAGGGCAACCUCAGCCGACACAUGAAGGUCAAGCACGGCAUCGCCGACGGCAUCGCCGCCGAGGGCCGAGGUACGCCGCUCUCUUGGGCAAAGUCGGGGCUGGGCCCGGGCCCAGGGCCGCCCCGAGACACAGAAGGCCGGGAGGACUACGAGGAGGGGAGAUUUGACUUUGGCGAGCCAGAGAACCGGGCAGAUGGCACCGACGCAGCGGACACUCCCAAACUCUCCCCACUGGACUACUACGGCACCUACGGCACGGGAGCGGGGCGCUGCGGCAACGCGUGAGGGCGCAGCGCCACCUCGGCCGACACGAGGGACGGACGCCAUUUGUUACUAUUUUGCUCGGCCGUUGGUACGCAAUGUUAGGAAGCCGCUUUUCCCACAGUUGAACACUGGUCAACUUUGGCUUGCUCUGUGAUGAAUUCCAAAGUUGUCUGCGACCCUGGCCAGAGUGGCGAGCGAGCGAGCGAGCGAGCAUUUAUUUCGACGCAAAUGUAGACCGAGCGCUAGGUCGCAUUGACUACCGCUGUCGCGUUUUUGCCGUUGAGCGCUCAGCGUCAGCCAUCCCUUAGUUUAUGAAUGGAACUAUUUGGGUGUCAGAAAAACAGAGAGAACGGCGCCGCACUACCAAAGAAUCUCCAGGUGCAAUUUCAGACCUUGUCAAAUUGCAUUCAGGCAAAGUCGCGGCUGCUGCAUUUCCCAAAAGCAGCAAACCUAGCAGUCUUAGCACAACAUUUUCUUGCUUUGUUUUUAAUCUCAAACACGGUUUACGAGAGCAACGGCCAUCAUACAGUUGAAAUAAAAAUGCUCAUGCCUCUUUCCAUCAGCAUCAGGAGGAAUCAAGGAGCUUUUUGGACACUCGAGUUUACGGUCAAACUAAAGUGAAAACUAAGACUCGGUUUCAGAACUUUGCCUCGGUUAAGCGCGCCUAGCUUAACGCUCGAGAAAUACGCACGACAAACAUUCAGCCCUUGCGAAAAGCACCGGCAGCUCCCCGAAUUUGUGGCCCCAGAUGGCCGAGGCGCAAAACCGUUUCAGACUUUGCGUUAGGAUUUUCAAAGAGAUCACAAGACGCCGGCCGGCUGGGUCAACAAAGGUUUUAUUGGCCUUGCACGUUAGGAAAAAUCAAAGCUGGCGUGACAACGGACAGUUGUUAGGGAGGCUCCGGUGGCCCCGGCACGUGCCGUUCCCCCCUUCAAAUACAAGUGGAAAUAACACAAACAAACUCUUGUCCUUCAGAUGAAUGGGUUGACCU